UGCAGUCUGCUUCUACAAACAUUUGUUAAACUGUGCAAUAAGUCCAUCUGUGAAAUUUCAUUGCUACUAAUUAUUCCACGGUCAACUGUUAGUGGUAUUAUAACAAGAUGGAAGCAACUGGGAACAACAGAAACUCAGCCACGAAGUGGUAGGUCACGUAAAAUGAAAAAGAGUCAAUUGCUAAAGAUCUCCAAACUUUGUAAAACCUUCAAAGUAGCGCAACAACAAUGUGUAGAGAGCUGCAUCCAAGUCUUACAAGUGCAAUGCAAAGCGUCAGAUACAGUGGUGUAAAGCACACUGUCACUGGACUCUAGAGCAGUGGAGACGCGU